GAUACAGGCGCGAGUCGACGCUCGAGUCGACGAAGUGCGCUUUCCAGUUCGCGUUCCCGACCCAUGAGCAGCUGGUGUGCAGCGUGGCGGCCGCUUUUGCCACUCGUUUUACUCCAAUAAUUUAGCUUCACUUAACUUAUCGUAUCCCGAAUAAUAUGACGUAAAGCUGACGAGACAACGUGUAAUCGUACGUGCCGCUGUGUUUGUUGUGUUGUGAUACGAGAGGAGGUGUGCGUUUUACGAAAUCUCAGCGGGUAAAAUAACAGUUACUUUUUAAAAAGGAUAAGACACUAAAUCAAGAUGGCGGUGUUCGGACUGGCGUCAGCGGUAGCGGGCUUUGUCAAAGUCCGCUACCUGAUCGACAAGGCUGUCAUCGACAACAUGGUUUUCCGGAUGCACUACAGAAUAACUUCUGCUAUUAUGUUCCUGUGUUGUAUCCUUGUCACGGCAAAUAAUCUUAUUGGUGAUCCGAUCUCAUGCAUCAGCGACGGCGCAGUUCCUGGGCACAUCCUAAACACGUAUUGCUGGAUUACUUACACGUUCACUCUGCCCUACAGUGGCCAUAAAGGUGUUGCACAUCCUGGUCUUGGCAACGAUUAUGAAGAAGAGAAACGUAUCCAUUCCUACUAUCAGUGGGUGCCGUUCAUGCUGUUCUUCCAGGGUCUCCUGUUCUACAUUCCCCACUGGAUCUGGAAGAACUGGGAAGAAGGCAAAGUACGCAUGAUAUCCGAUGGAAUGAGAGGAACAACUGCCAUUAUUGCUGAUGACAAGACAAACCGACAGAACCGUUUGGUCCAGUAUCUUCUUGACACCCUUCACAUGCACAACACCUACUCAUUUGGAUAUUUCUUCUGUGAAUUUCUAAACUUCGUCAAUGUAGUGGGCAACAUUUUCUUCCUGGACACUUUCCUAGGCGGAGCUUUCUUGUCUUAUGGAACUGAUGUAGUCAAAUUCUCUAACAUGAAUCAGGAACAACGCACGGAUCCUAUGAUUGAGGUGUUCCCGAGGGUAACGAAAUGUACAUUCCACAAAUACGGAGCUUCUGGAACGAUCCAGAAACACGACGCGCUCUGUGUCCUUGCUCUAAACAUCCUUAACGAGAAAAUAUUCAUUUUCUUGUGGUUUUGGUUUAUCAUCCUCUCAGUUGUCUCUGGUUUGGCUCUCGUAUAUUCGGCAGCUGUCAUUCUUUUACCGAGCACCCGGGAGACUAUUCUCAAACGCCGUUUCCGUUUCGGAUCGCCAAACGGAGUAGAAGCUCUCGUUAGAAAGACUCAGGUUGGCGACUUCCUCCUCCUACAUUUGCUUGGACAAAACAUCUCGCUUCGUGUGUUCGGCGAAGUACUAGAUGAACUAGGUCGUCACCUUCACCUCGGAUCUAACCCACCAUCGGCCCCUUCUACUCUAGAAAUGGCACCUAUUUACCCUGACAUCGAUAAGUUCUCUAAGGAGACGGAGACAUAAGCUAUUUAUAUCUCUUAAAAGACAAGCAAUAUAUCCUCUCAAAACAAAGAAAAACAUUGAUAUAAAUUAAUGGCUCCAGCACAUUUUUCGAAAGAACCUCGUAUAAAUUUUAAGGUAGCAAGUAUUGAUAUUUUUUAGUCUUCUCAAUUUCUGUGUUCGAGCCGUAAUUUUACACUCAAUAGAGGACGUUAUUGCUUUUAAAAUAGUUCAUUUAUACACUGAUAAGAUUGACUAUAUUGAUAUUUUUCAGUAUGCGAAUUUUUAAAGUUCAUGACAUUCCUUAUUUUUUACUAAAGGCAAUUUUGUUAAUCAUGCAAAACCGCCGCAAUUGCCUUGCUUAAUAAAGCUUGAGCUUUAAACGAUAAGGUCUCAAUAAUAUUUAAGACAUUUUGAUAAACUAACAUUAGUAAAAGGUUUGUGUUAGGAAACAAAUUGUAGGUGUGAUGAAUUUGAAAUGUUUUGGAUUAAUUUAUCGUUGUUACAAUUUCUGAUUGCCCAAGACUGUUUUUGUAGAAACAAUUGGUUCAAACACGACAACGUCGAUAUUUAAAUCUUAAAGGUUAAACUGUUUAGUGGAUUAAUACGGAUAUAAAAAGUAUAACGAAACAUGAAGUAUAUGAAUGUUCCAUAUACAUAUUAAAUAAUAAAAAACUUGUGAUUACUUUAAAACUUGGAAUUGUAGCGUUAGUGUUUCUAAACAUAUCACCAGCUCAAACGUUUUCAUAUUAAAAUAUUAUUAAUAAAUGUAACAAAAUGCAGUGAGCGAUAUUUGAAUAUACAUUUUCCUAGAUAUUAUAUUUCCUUUGUUAAAAAGACAAUAAAAAUAUUUUGAAGGCGUUAUUAUUACCGUUUGUAUUUUACAAACGGUUUUUUAAUGUGUAGACAAAUAACAGUUUUACUUGCCUUUAAAGAUUUUUUUUUUCAUUAUUAGAUUAGUUGUAGGAUAAGAAAUUUGGUGCAAAAGACAAGGUGUUUAUUAUCUAGAAGAUAUUAUUAUACUCAUGUAAUUUACUCAAAAUAUUGUGCCAUUUAACAGGUAUUUUUGGAAUUGUAACACCAGAAUUGCAUUUUUUCUAGAAAAUGUCUCCAAUUUGUUGAUUUUAUCAUUCCGUCAUAAAUUGUAUAUCUCCUAUUUAAGUUAGUGUACAUUUAAGUGGUUAGCAGUUACAGUCAAUUUAGCCAUAUUCAUUAGGUUAAAGAUUUAUGAUCUAACUAUACUGGACUUCCAUGAAUCUCGACUAAAGCAUCUUCCAAUAGUAGCAUAAUAAGACCCAGUACAUUUAUACAUUAUUUUGUAAUUUUUGGACUUAGUAUUAUAUUUGUACUACAAUUAAAAAAAAAAACUUGCAUAACUAUUGCAGUAUCUUUAUUCCUUAUUUGCCUAGUUUUAAUAUGAAGUCUAUGUCUGGUUUGUAUAACUAUAUUUACACAGCAUUUGUUCUGUAAACACGAUAUCAUUUUACAGAGGAAUCAACGCUGAAGAACGCUGACGAAAUCAUUUAUCAUUCCAAUAGUAACUUUUUACUAUUAGGCUGAUUGUUCUUUUGACGUUUUAUUCGAAUAGUUUCAUAGUAAUUUUGGUUAUAUUCUUCUUCGAAAUAAACAUAUCAAAAAUAA